CAAUGUUGUCGCCCAUAUUGUUAGGGAAAUAUUUCUAGUAGAGACAGUAGCGAGUAAUAACUCUUUGGUCAGCGAAAUUUAUCGCCUUUUGGGUUGUGUUUGAUUGAUGUUUAGAGAAAAUUCUUGGAUGAUUUGUGUCUACUGCCAUGACUGAGCCUGACUACCCUCGGAGAGGAAUUUCCUUCCAAUGCGGCUUGGCAAGGGAAACAUAUGGAUUUGAAGGAAAGGAUCUGUCGGCGCUAAGGGAACUGGCACAUUCGUUCCUCGAUCAAAAGUUCCCAGAUCACUCUUGCAUUGGCAUAGCAGACAAAGUUAUCUUGUUCAUUCACAACUAUUCUGCAACAAACAUAUUGGAGAAGUUAACUAGUGUGGAGCAGUUACGCGAAGGCUCUGUUAUUGAAGUUGUUGUUUCAGCAAAAGUCCCAGCGGAUGAGACUAUUAUUCGUCCUCACAUGCUGAUUGUUCAUUCAUACAGAUCUCCAACGUUUUGUGACUUUUGUGGUGAGAUGCUUUUCGGCCUUGUAAGACAAGGAAUCAAAUGCGAAGGAUGUGGUGGCAAUUAUCACAAGAAAUGUGCAUUCAAGAUACCAAAUAAUUGUUCAGAUUCAAGACAUCGCAACAGUGUUUCUGGAUUAAGCAUUGCUCUACAUUCAAAUACUCUUCCGAGGCCAGCUUCUCAGAUUGGUGGCCCAAAUGAGUCAACAUUGGUGAUCCAACACUCCAAUUCUUUUAACGAGAGCCUCCCUUCUUCACGAGACAGAAGGGCAACUUGGAGUGGUCGUCCGAUAUGGAUCGACAGAAUGCUCUCUGGUAGAGUCCAACUACAAAUACCUCAUUCAUUCGUGGUUCAUUCCUAUAAAAAGCCAACAGUGUGCCACUUCUGCAAAAAAUUGUUAAAGGGCCUAUUUCGUCAAGGGUUACAGUGUAAAGAUUGUAAAUAUAACUGCCACCGAAAGUGUGAGAAGUUUGUUGGCAAGACCUGCUUGGGUGAGGGAGGAAUGUUAGAAACAGGGUCUCUUGGAUCUUCUGACUCGGGUGCCAUUUCUGAAAAUUUGUCAGAAAUGGACCUUUCAAAUGACAUUCCAAAUGAACAAGAGUUUAGUGAGAACGAAACAGAGGUUGAGUCAGCAAGUCGCAGUAGUCAAGAAGACUUUGAACCAACUAGUCCCUCAUCACCAGACAAUGAGUUGCCCCAGCUGACUCCAACAAUGAGCAACAAUAUUCCACUCCAGCGGAUUGUUGUAUCUGUGAAGCAUACCAAGAGAAAAGGAUCUAAAGUGUUGAAACAGGGAUGGAUGGUGCAUUUUACCAGCAAGGAUACAUUGAGGAAAAGACAUUAUUGGAGAUUAGACACAAAGUGUUUGACACUAUUCCAAGAUUCAACAAGCAGCAGAUAUUACAAGGACAUUCAACUGUCUGAAAUACUGUCUGUUGAUUCGAAUAUCGACCCUCUGGCGACAGAUGCUACUCGAGCUCCACACUGCUUUGAAAUGAAGACAAGAGACACGGUGUACUAUGUGGGGCAAGUUGAAGAGGAGAACGAGACACCAGACCCCGACAGUGGUGUUGGGGCGGUGGCUGGACAGGCCUGGGCCAGUGUCACGCGCUCUGCUCUGAUGCCAGGUUGCGUGACACCGACAACAAGUGUUUGCCCUGCAAGCAACAAUGUCAGUAGUCCUGAUGUGGAGAUGGAAGUUACUGAUGAAGAGGAGAAAGUAAAAGAUGCUCCACUGGAUAUUAGUCAGCUUUACCAAGUAUUCCCUGACGAAAUACUUGGUUCAGGACAGUUCGGAAUUGUCUAUGGAGGAGUUCAUCGUGAAAGUGGACGAGAUGUAGCCAUCAAAGUCAUUGACAAACAACGUUUUCCCACUAAACAAGAGGCGCAGUUGAAGAAUGAAGUAGGAAUUCUUCAGCAUGUCAACCACCCAGGUGUAGUGAAUUUAGAAGAGAUGUUUGAAACCCCCGAAAGGGUGUUCGUAGUCAUGGAAAAAAUGCGAGGCGACAUGUUGGAACUUAUUUUGUCCAGUGCCAAGGGAAGAUUGGAUGAGAGAUGCACAAAGUUCCUCAUAACACAGAUUUUAGUGGCGCUUAGAGAUUUACACAGCAGAAAUAUUGUUCACUGCGACUUAAAACCGGAGAAUGUGUUGUUGUCGUCAAUAUCAUCUGAAUGUGGUUUCCCACAGGUGAGGUUCCGUCUGAGUUCAGUGUUGUUCUUUUGGAAAUGA